AUGGCGGGCGAGGACGACUCUCCCCUCUUGACGCCCGAGCGCGCUGCUCUCUGCGCGCCACCCGCGGCCCCCUCGACAAACUCGAAUGGAAAGCGUACGAGGCCUGUCGAGGAUACACCGCCCCUCCCUACACCUUCCCCUUUCGUGAGUGGAUUCGGUGCAUCUCCUGCAGCUGAGAAGUACCGAAAGAUCGAAAAGGUCGGUGUGGGUGCAUACGGCAGUGUCUUCAAAGCAGAGAACACUGAAACAAAAGAGAUUGUUGCGAUCAAAGCAGCGUCGAGGAAGGAAGACCCUGUUUGGGGCGGAUUUCCUCUUAGUUUGCUGCGAGAGAUCAGCAUCCUAAGAAGUAUUCGGCACGAUAACAUCGUGCAGAUGCACGAGGUUGCUCACACAACAAAUGGCGAGCCAUUGAUCGUCAUGGAGUUUUGCCAGGCGUCCUUAUUGGAGCUCAUCCACUCGCCAAAGCACGACCUUUCCUUCAGCGAGAUCAAGUACAUUAUUAGACAGGUCUUGGAUGCCACCGGCCACCUGCAUCAACGAGGCAUUUUGCAUCGGGACUUGGCGACCAAGAAUGUCCUGUUUAACACGUCCGGAGAGAUCAAAGUCUGUGACUUCGGGAUAUCUCGCGUAGCCUUCGGCCAGGACGAGGGCUUCGGCUUUGUAUCCGCCAAGGGCUUGGAACCUCCCAUGAUGAUUGUUUCGCUUCCCUACCGUGCGAUCGAGUUGCUCAUGGGCGAUAAGCACUAUGGCCCUGGACUGGACAUCUGGUCGGUUGGAUGUAUUCUGGCAGAGAUCCUUUUGUGCCAAACUGGCCGACGGCAGCCGUUUUUCGGGGGCGACCCUGAAAAUCCGAACAAGACAGUCCUUGCAUACGUGGAGGAGAUCUUCUCCAUCAUGGGCAAACCCACAGAUGAGACCUGGCCGGGUCUCUGCAAGCUCCCAAACCACCGAACCUACGUCAGCGCCAAGAUUUCCAGCUGCAAAGCGCACAAGGAGCAAGGGGAUGAGGCGAAAUUCCUCCGCCACUUCUUCCGAUCUGGCCUUGGCAAGCCUGCAGACUCGAAGUACUGCCCUACAGAGAGCUUCUUUGAGAUGUUGGGUGGAUUGCUGGCGCUAUGCCCGAAGUACCGCCUGACAGCUGAGGAUGCGCUGCAGCACCCCUUCUUCACGAAGGAGAAGCCCGUCCCAGAAUGGCAUGCUUGGCACUGGGCGACUGCAAGCGCUGACAUCCCGCGUGGCGAUGAGGCGCGGAAGAAAAACAACAACGAAGACGAGGCCCGGAAGCUGCUAAAGCAGCUCAGCAAGGAGGACGUAGGUACAGAGGAAGCAGGGGACAAGACGAAUGGGGGCAAGGCGAAGGCCGUGCUUGAGAAGUGGCGGGAACAAGCUGAGAAACGUCAGCAACAGGAAAUCAAGCGCACCAACUCCAUGAAGACGCAGAAG